AUGAAGUCUUUAGCGUUGGUUGCACUGUUCGGGAUGUGUUAUUGUUUCAAUAACAUGCUUACAGUCGAAGCAGGACGCUUGGCUUCGAUGGCAAUAGUCGAACGCCUGAAGGAGAUUGAACCGAAGCAUGCAGAAAUUAAGUAUCGUAUCAUCAACUUCGUGUACUCGGCAAAGUAUAACCUGGUGGAAAAAUCGGACGAUUUUUACAAGCAAGUUUUCAAUGCCAAGCAAGGUUCCCUCGAUACGUCGAUAGCUCUAGAGGAUGAAAUACUCUAUCAACUGGAUCAUCAGUCGGAAACGGUAGAUCGUAGUUGUCUUCGAUUUCUUAAAACAAUUGUGGAAAACAACAUGAACGUGGCGGGCGUAGGAUACACGAAUUGCAUUAACGACGUGGAGCAGAGCAUUGAUAAGGAGCUCAAGAAUGCCCAAAAACUGCUGGAGGUAGAUGAGUCCGAAAUUUUCUACCAGAGUCUUUUGGAUGUUUUCAAAGGAGAGAACAUUAUAGCCGGACCUGAUGCGAUUCUGGCAAAACUGCAAAACAAGGCGGCUGAGAUUGAUGCAUUUGCCAGCGACUAUAUGUCGGGAAUAUUUACGAUUGUGGAACAGUUCGCUUCCAAGUUGUGGAAUUUACGAAAUGGCUAUCAAACGUGCUUGGCUGCUAACGAAUCUAUAUUGAAAGUUACUUACGAUGCAUCAGUUAGUCAGCUGACGAACAUUUGUUUAGGUUCGAUUGUUAAAAAAUGA